GUAUAUUAAUUCUCGUGGUCAUUGAUGUGUUUGAUUUACAGAGGUAACACGGGGUGAAACGAGUGCUUCAUUUUCAUUGGCCGAUACGGCCAGACAAGUACAUGAAGCGUGUAUAUUUCAUUGAAUGGUCAUUGGAUUAUGUAAUUAGUAAUGAAUGAAAUGUUUUACUACAUGUACCUGUUUUUACUAUAAUUUUCUAAAUUGAAGGCAUAUGGAAUAAGAUGAUGAAUUUGACACAAUUUAAACAUUGGUUACAAUUAUAAAUGAAUAUAUUUAUCCUGUGUGUAAGUGUACAAUAUUGUGUAAAUUUCAAAGAUGUGUGCUCAUCGUCAGAAUUUGUUUGUGUAAAGUGGUUAUUUUCAAAAUGGAUUUACUAUGGAUUUAGUUGCAGUUGCGUUGGAUAUAGCAUGCCGUACAUCUCUAUUUUGAGUGGGAAGGCAAACUCACUGACGAGAUGAAGAGCAGUUUUACAGAAAAUGGAUUUUUUAUUGUAAGAAACUUCUUAGACUCAGAAGAAGUAACAAAUAUAUGGAAAGUUGUCGAGAAACCAGACGGAAUUCUGAAUCAUGGAUAUGUGACUUACGAAGAAAAUGGCAACAAGAUACAAAGUACAUUGUGUUCCUAUCCUGGCUAUGAUGUUACCGGGAUGGUUGCACGAUCUGAAAAGGUGGCUGGUUCAUGUGAACAAUUACUAGCAUGUGAAGUGUAUCACUGGUGUUCUAUGUUUAUGAAUAAAGAAGCAUACGUCGGCGGGGAGCAUGUCUGGCACCAGGACUAUGGGUACUGGUACAAUGAUGGAGUCUUAUAUCCUGACAUGAUAACAGUAUGGAUGGCUCUCGAUAAGUGCAGGAAAGAUAACAGUUGUAAACAGGUUUUAAGAUCGUCCAAUAAGAUGGGUCGAGUAGACCACUUUAAAGUACCUAGUGGUCAAAUGGGUGUAGACCCUGAACGGGUAAAAGAAAUUAUGAAGAAAUGUGAACAUAUCUACCUUGAAAUGGAUCCAGGUGACGCCUUCUUCCACCACGGAAACACAUUACAUCGGAGCGAUGAGAACAAAAGCAAAAAUGGGCGUUUGGGUUUCAUGUCGUGCUUCAAUGGGGCACACAAUUCACCUGUAUUUAAGACAGGAUACCCUUCAUACAACAAACUAGAAAAGGUACCAAAUGAAGCCAUAAAGCAGUGUACUAACUAUACAGACUUCAGUGGGAAGGGAUUUAGAGAUGAAGUGUGAACAGUAUGAAGAGAAAGCCGGAUAACCAUGUUUCGUCAGCAGAACAUGGAUUAAAGGCACUCAAAUCAUAGAAAAAUAGGACAAAAAAGUUUACUUUUGCAACAGUUCUAUGACUGCACUGCAAAGUACAUGAUUUUAUGUGUAACACAUAUCAAUAAAACAUAUAGGCGGAUGCGGGAGGUUUCUCCCUGUAAUAUAAAACCAUACAAAACAGAUUAUAUUAUCCAUGCAUGUAUUUAAUAUACCCCUUUCUUACUCAAAUACAAACCAGUCAACCGUUAAAAGCAAAUGUUUGAUUGUAAAGUGGGCUCUCGAAAUGAAAUUUAAAAAGAUAUAAUUGGUUUUGCUAUCGUGCGAAUCUUCUCCACAGGUGCUUUGCUAGGAGAAAAGCAUCACAUGUAAAGCAACGUUUAAGGUAGUUCUGCACGUUUGAAUAACAAACAACUACAAUGUAGAAAUUUUAAGACCUAUUUUUUCUUACUUACAUAUGAUAUAAGAAAGAUACGUGCAAAAAAAUGAUAGUUUCGUAUGCUUAAUUUUUUACUAUACUGAUUUGAAAAAAAUGGGCCAUAUUUCAUUUUUUACAAUGGGAGCCUAUGGGGAAAAUACAGAUGUUCCUACACUUAUGCAUUUUUAUGCACAAUGUAGAUAAUUGUAGCAAGGUGUUUCAUCAUUAGAUGGAAUAAAAUUCAUAUGGUCUGUGCUUGUGUUAGAGAUAUUUGCCAUAGUAUUACUACACCCCUAUUAAAAAGGGGUAGUUUUUAUGAUUAAAAGUGAGCUGCUACAACUAGUGCAUUUUAACACGCAAAAUAAGUUCAAACGGAAUAGCUCUUUCGCAAAUCAGUGAAUGUUUACAUUUUAGAUACUUUGAAAAAGGUAUUUUGUAUAGGAAAAUAUGGUACUUUCUGAUCACACCACCCACUUAUAAAAUUGUAUAUAAUUGUGAAUAAUUUGAUUUGAAAUUUUCAACUUUUAUUUAUUUCAUUCUUAUACAUGUUACUGUAAUUUACAAUAAAAACCCUUUGGCAGUUAUUUCAGCCAACCUUUUCUUGAUAAAAGAAUGAUAAUAUGCUUGCCUUAUGAUAAUUAAGUUAACCUAAAUUUUGUUAAUAAAACGAUUUGCACAAUUCAAAAACGUCUGUCUAUUGUGUCUGGAAGUUGUAGAACAACAAAAAUGAUAAACAAAUUUGAAAAAAAAAUUCAGAUUAAUGUCUUAAACAAUAUUGCAAAGUAGUUAUUAGUAACCUGUAUUGGAAAAUAAACAGUGUCGAUUGUACUGAGGUCAACUGCCACAUUAUCAAUGUUUAUUAAUAUAAGUUAAGGUCAUUAACAGCUUAUGAUCAGCAGUGUUUCAGACUAUGUAAAAAUGUCUAUCAAUGACACAAUAUCACACAUUAUAUAUACAAUAGUUACGUUAAAAAAUGUUUGAAUUAAAAUUUGCAUAUAUAAA